AUGAGAUCGGAUCAACCACUAGAGAUACAUGGCUUUGCUGACGAUUCACCGCACGCCUAUGCUGCAGCAGUCUACAUUAGAACAACAUCUAGGAGAACAUUGCAUGGCAGUACACAGCUUACGUUAUGCACAAUCCGAGAAGAAUUCUGGAUUAUAGGAGGACGCGUUCCUAUUAGAAGUUUCAUUCAUAAAUGCCUACAAUGUACUCGCUUUCGUCGUACUCGGGCGCAGCAACUUAUGGGACAACUCCCGAAAGAGCGUGUGACCCCUUCUCGUCCUUUCUUGAAUACUGGGAUUGAUUAUGCGGGGCCGUUCACUCUCAAGACCUGGAAAGGUAGGAACGCUCGCACCUAUAAGGGUUACAUUGCUCUAUUUGUGUGUUUAUCUACCUCUGCAGUUCAUUUAGAGCUGGUAACGGAUUAUACUACGGAGGCCUUUAUAACGGCUUAUAAGAGGUUUACAGGACGCCGAGGAAUCUGCGCUACUCUUUGGAGCGAUCGCGGCACGAAUUUUAAAGGGGCUGACGUGGCCCUACAGCGAUUAUUCUCGAAAACUACGGACGAAUCUCGCCAUCUCACUACCCUUUUGGCCAACGAUGGCACUCAAUGGAAGUUUAAUCCACCAUCAGCUUCGCACUUUGGAGGUAAAUGGGAGGCGGGUGUAAAAUCGGUGAAAUACCACUUACAUCGAGUGAUGGGAGAAGUACUGUUAACGUAUGAGGAAUUCAUGACUCUUCUGACCCGAAUUGAGGCGAUACUCAAUUCGAGACCUAUUACUUCGUGUAGUGAUAACCCGGAUGACUUAAGUGUCUUAACACCUGGCCACUUCCUCAUGGGUUGUGCACCCACUCUCAUUCCAGAACCGUCAUUAGAAGACGUUCGUCUAUCACAUCUAUCACGUUGGCAAUUAGUACGACAAAUGGUCGAUCGGUUUUGGACCAGGUGGUCCAAGGAAUGCCUUCAGCGGCACCAAACUAUCUCAAAAUGGACUAAUAAGACUCACGACCUCGGUGUCGGCUCAAUGGUACUAAUCAUCGAUGAGAGAUAUCCUUCGGCCAAAUGGCCACUUGGGCGAGUCCUCGAAACUUAUCCCGGUAAGGAUGGACUUGUUAGAGUAGCGACGGUUAAGACUCAAUCUUCGGUUCUGAGAAGACCCAUAGUGAAACUCUGCCUAUUGCCUGUUCAGACUGAAUCCCUCUAG